CUUUCAAUAACUGGUCUUCAAUUCUCGAUCCUCCUGACACUUGUUUCUCCUUCUUAAUGUGCCAGAAAUGCUUUCUACUUCUUCUUCUCAUUUCACAGUUUAAUUGAAUCUUGUCUUCGUCUCCGGCCUUUCUUCCCUCAAAAAGCGCCGACGCGUGUGAGGGUUUCUUCUUUCCUGGCCCGCGGUCACGGCCUCAAGAUUCCAGGUUACACGGCCUGUCUUCGACAGAGGUUACUUCCUGACCUUAGUUUCUUCGGAAUCCCACUCUUGAUCCCUUCAUCACAUUCUUCACGAUGGCUACUGUAAAAGGUGGCUAUACCACCGGCGCAGGCCAAGACGAGGCUGAAUUGCGCCGGAGAAAUGUCACUAGUUACGACAAUGCGAAUGGGCAACACGUGUACAAGGUGGAAGCUGAAGACACAAAGAAGCUCCAAAAGCCCAAGUCCGGCCUCCUCGACGUCCUGGACGAGUGGGAGUUCUUGAUCGGCCCUUUCGUCUUUACCGCAUUUGCCCUUUUCACAAGACUAUGGAGGAUAGGAUUGUCUCCCAUCGUGACAUGGGAUGAAGCCCACUUCGGCAAAUUCGGCUCCCAUUACCUCAAGCGAGAAUUCUACUUCGAUGUCCACCCUCCCCUCGGAAAGAUGCUGGUCGGGUUGUCGGGCUAUCUAGCUGGAUACAACGGCUCCUUCGAGUUCAAGUCUGGCGAGACCUACCCUGAAGAUGUUGACUAUACAUUUAUGCGUGUUUUCAAUGCCCUCUUUGGCGCGGUUACGAUUCCUCUGGCAUACUAUACCGCACGGGAGCUGAACUUCAGACGUCCUGCUGUCUGGUUGGUCACCCUCAUGGUCCUCUGCGAGAACUCGUACGCCACCAUUUCCCGGUUCAUAUUACUGGACUCGAUGCUACUCUGCUUCACCUUCACCACUGUCCUAUGCUGGGCAAGAUUCCACCGUCUGCAACACAAGAGCUUCUCCGUGGAAUGGUUUGCUUGGCUAUUCUUGACCGGCCUCAGCAUCGGCUGCGUCUGCAGCGUAAAAUGGGUUGGCCUGUUUGCUACAGCUUUGGUCGGUCUAUACACCGCGGAAGAUCUGUGGAACAAAUUCGGCGACCUCAAAAUGCCAAAGACAGAAUUGGCAGCUCAUGUGGUUGCGCGAGUGGGCGGACUGAUCGUUAUACCGGCGCUCGUCUACAUGUUCUCCUUCUAUCUGCAUUUCUUGAUCCUGGAGAAUUCCGGUCCCGGUGACGCCCAGAUGUCAUCGCUCUUCCAGGCUAAUCUCAAGGGUACCGAAGUCGGCAAAGAUUCACCAUUGGAAAUUGCCAUGGGCUCAAGGGUCACUAUCAAGAACAUGGGCUACGGAGGUGGCCUGCUCCACUCCCAUGUCCAAACAUACCCUGAAGGCAGCGGGCAACAACAGGUCACUUGUUACCAUCACAAAGACGCCAACAAUGACUGGUUUUUCUACCCCAACCGAAGCCAGCCCGAAUUCGACCCUGAAGGGCCGUUGAGCUUUGUGUCCGACAAGCAGGUUAUUCGUCUGAUCCAUGCUCAGACUGGCCGUAACCUCCACUCACAUGCUGUUGCAGCGCCGGUCACCAAAUCCGACUGGGAAGUGUCCUGCUACGGUAACGUGACUGUUGGUGACGAGAAGGACCACUGGCAAGUCGAAGUUGUCAGCGACGCUGCGUCGUCCGACAGAUCCCGCAUCCGAACUUUGACCACUGCGUUCAGACUGCGACACCCCGAACUCGGCUGCUACCUCCGUGCCGGAACGGUCAACCUUCCCCAAUGGGGCUUCAAGCAGAUUGAAACAACCUGUGUCAAGAAUGCGAGCCCCAGAGACGUUUACACCCAUUGGAACGUUGAGUCACAUGUCAACGAUCGACUUCCCCCCGGCGAAGCCAAGAAUUACCGAUCGCCGUUCCUGAAAGAUUUCAUCCAUCUGAACGUUGCGAUGAUGACAUCCAACAAUGCUCUCGUGCCCGAUCCAGACAAGCAAGAUGAUUUGGCCUCGCAUUUCUGGCAGUGGCCGAUUCUUAACGUCGGGCUCCGCAUGUGCUCGUGGGAAGACCAUAUCACCAAGUACUUCCUCCUCGGUAACCCAAUCGUAUACUGGGGCUCGACCGCAUCGUUGGGCGUCGCUGGUUUGCUCGUAUUGUGGUAUUUGAUCCGCUGGCAACGAGGUUAUGACGAACUCCGCCAGUCUGAUAUCAACCAAAUCCACUACUCGGGCAUUUAUCCUCUAAUUGGUUGGUUUUUCCAUUACCUUCCUUUCGUAAUGAUGGGGCGAGUCACAUAUGUACACCACUAUUAUCCGGCACUCUACUUUGCGAUUCUUGUGGCAGGAUUCUGCGUGGAUUGGACGACGCAGAAGCUGCCCAAGACGGUUCGCUGGGGCGUCUACUCUGUGCUGUACGCUGUGGUCAUCGGGCUGUUUGUUCUGUUCAGCCCCAUUGUUUUCGGUAUGCAAGGACCGAACAAGCAAUACGCAUACCUCAAAUGGUUCGAUCAGUGGAGGAUCGCCGACGCUUAACUCCGGAAGCCUAGGAUUUGGUCACGAGACGAUUUAGGUAUUGCGGGCUCAUAAUAAUGAACGCAGCUGGAGUGGACAUGAGGGUCUUGGGGUGCAUGAAAACCAAAAGAAGAUCUCGAAGGAUUUCGUUAUAAUGAUGUCGAUUCGUCGGGCAGUGGCCUGAUCGGUAAAACAAAACUUGGGGCAAUGAAAUGGAAAGAUGCUGCCACCAGCUUGUGGCAUCACGAAAUGCAUGCCACUCGAGGAUUGUCGUUUUGAAUGUGGCUCCCAUCUACUCAUCUCUUCGUCAGAAAGUGAAUGCGCCGCUUGGUGAACUUAUCUUCCGUCUUCCUCCUGCCUUGACUGUAUGUAUGCAGUAACAUCUUUGGGUGAGGACAGUACUCCUAGAUGGGUCACGAUACUUUUUAUGCCAAAAUAUGGGCGGGACAAUAUUUCGAUAUUU